GGGAAGGAAUCAUGAAUAAUUCAAAGGCGACACAGGAUUUUCCUUGCAAGGUCAAUGAAUGAAAAAGACAAGGCUUUAGGACAGAUCAGCUCAUAUUCUUUCAGUGUUGUGGAGAGAUCACCAUCCAUCUGGAGGGUUAAGGCAAGUUCAUGCGAUGCAAAGCACCAGCUCGUCACUCCAAUAAAAGAUUAUACAGUAUUGAAAUCUAUUGGCACCAGGCUGGGUUCAGUGGGAGCUUGACAGCUGCUGGGAAGGGUUAAAGUCUGAAUGUUUGAUGCCAAGUGAAUUGGAGUCUAUUUUUGAACUCAACUUCCACGUCCUGAAGGAAUGGUUAUCAAAGGAAAAGAGAAGCGAUGAACAAUACCCCAGGCAGCCGGUACAGAGAACAGGACCCUACUUUAUUUCUUCCAUUGAAAUGACUGGAAUUCCUUACAAAAUGGCUUGAAAGAGAAGGUCUGUUUGUAGAAGAUGAAUGAUGGCAUGGAUUUAGGCAGCGACCCCUGCAGCAGCCGCUCCAGCUCAGAAUCCAGCUCCAGCAAAGUCACCCCUUGCUCGGAAUGCAAAUCCUCCCCAUCGCCUACCAGCCUGGACUUGGCUGCUUUGGAGGACUCGGAGGAAGAGGAAGAGGAGGAGGAGGAUUUCCAGGUGUUCAAGAGGAAGGUGACUGAUGCGUGGGAGGAGGACAGGGACUAUGCCCGCAGCUAUGCCAAAACCGCCGCUGCCAGGAGGAGUUUAGCACAGGAGCUAGAGGAGGUGAGGAGUACCAGCCUUGCCAUCCCCACCAUGCCACCCCCGGCUCCCAGUGGCAACCCCCCCACUGCUCACCACCCGCACCACCCCCUGGACCUCAGGCACAAUGCCAACGUGGUGCCCUCUAGCCGCAGGACUGGACAUAAAGGGGGUGGGGGCUACCGCAAAGCCCCUCACCUCCAGAAAGCCCAGCCAGGGGGUAUGGGCAGGCUCAGCAAUGGGAGCCCGAUGAUUUCCUUGCACCCUCUGGAGAACUCCUUAGAAGGGACUGGCUUGCAAGAGCAGGAGCCCCAGCUGCCCACUAUGGACUGGGAAGCGCUGGAAAAACACCUGGCAGGGUUGCAGUUCCAAGAGCAGGAGACCCGGAGCCAGAAGAGCAACUACACGUCCGCUCAAAAAAAUGAGAGGGAGUCUAUCAGGCAAAAACUGGCGCUUGGAAGUUUCUUUGAUGAUGGCCCAGGAAUUUAUACCAGCUGUAGUAAAAGUGGCAAGCCAAGCCUUUCUUCUCGGUUACAAAGUGGGAUGAAUUUGCAAAUUUGUUUUGUAAAUGACAGCGGCAGUGACAAAGAUAGUGAUGCUGAUGACAGCAAGACCGAAACAAGUCUGGAUACACCUUUGUCUCCCAUGAGCAAGCAGAGCUCUUCCUAUUCUGAUAGAGACACUACUGAAGAGGAAUCCGAAUCUCUAGAUGACAUGGACUUUCUCACAAGACAGAAGAAACUUCAAGCUGAAGCCAAAAUGGCCUUGGCAAUGGCAAAGCCCAUGGCAAAAAUGCAAGUAGAAGUGGAAAAGCAAAACAGGAAAAAAUCUCCCGUAGCUGAUCUUCUGCCACAUAUGCCUCAUAUAAGUGAAUGCUUGAUGAAAAGAAGCUUAAAACCCACGGACCUGAGAGAUAUGACAAUUGGGCAGCUACAAGUGAUAGUGAAUGAUCUGCAUUCACAGAUAGAAAGCUUGAAUGAAGAACUGGUGCAACUGCUGCUUGUUCGAGAUGAACUGCACACAGAACAGGAUGCCAUGCUGGUAGACAUUGAAGAUUUGACCAGUGCGGCCCCCUAUCAAUACCAUGAUAAUUUAGCACCAUUGCUGCAGACAAGACACGCCGAAAGUCAGCAGAAGCACAUGGCAGAGAAAAUGCCAGCAAAAUAAAAUGAGAAGCCAUCACACUAAAGAACAAGCUAGAACUUUUUUUGCUUCUGUGGUUGUACAAACGCUGACGCUCCACGGGUGGUGCACAAGAAUAUCAGUGUCAGUCAUUGAUUCUGGGCACAAUCUGCCAAGCAACAGGAACCCCGCACGAGCCCUCCCUUGAAACUAAUGGUGGAUGCACAGCAACAGUGCUUGGUGAAUUGCUCCCGAUGUCUGAAGCUUUAUGUCUGGUGAUUGGCCUAUGCUUUUUAAUUUAUUUGCUGGGGUUUUUUUUUUACUUGUGCCACUAAAUAUUGGACAGUUCAAUAACCUUAUUGUAGAACAAAUUGUACAGUACUUAUAAACAUUGCAAACCAUGGAAGAAGAAGAGAGGGUAGUUUUAACUUUUUAUUUUUAUUUAGAGGCUUUUAAGUUAAACAGUAUUUUACCAUGACUACUUUUUAUUGUUUCACCGUAGUUUAAAACAGAUGAAACUGUAAUUUGACGGUGCUAUUCAAGUAAAAGAAAAACAUACAUGCCUGCCUCGUAGUGAAGUCGUAGCUUUCAGUAAUUUGUAUAUUUUACUGAGUUUUCAACAUUUUGUAAAUGUUGACUACCUGACAUUCAUUUUUAGAUGUGCUAUUAACAUGCAGUUGGGUUGAAAGAGUUACCUUGAAAGUUUUAUGUAAAAAUGUGUAAAAUAAAAUUGAAAAAUUUCUUUCA